GGCAGGGGGCGUGCUUCGGCAGCUCGAGCUCUCGGCGCGGGCCGCGCGGGACCAGGUGGUCGCCGCCGCCGCCGCCCGGUCAGUCGCACGCCGGUGUCGGUGGGGGUCGCGGUGGUGUCUCCUGAGCGGGGUCGGUCCGGGCCAUGCGCCAGGCCAGUGUCGGCUAGAGACGCCCGCUCUGUCGCCCGUGUACGGAGAGUGUCAGUCUGGUGUGAGGGGUGAGAGGGGGCGGAGAGAGCACGCGCCAUGAGGCCCCUCGGAGGACCCAGGGCGCUGCCGGUGCUCGGGUCGCUGCUGGUGUUCCUCAUCUGCGUGCACGGCAGGCGGAAAUACCCAGAGAAGGUGCACCAGAUGAUUCAGGAGCGCCUGGCCCGCCACCGGUACGGGGCCGAUGUCGGCGAGUGGUCCUCCUGGGGCGCCUGGUCAGCCUGCUCCCUGCCCUGUGGGGGUGGAGUGUCCACACAGACGCGCCACUGCACGCCGCACCCGGGCAGCCUCAAACACCACACCCGGAAGCGGCUCAAAACGCGGCUCUCUAACACACAGUGUGUCGGCGUCUACAAGCGCUUCCACAUGUGCAACGAGCAGGCGUGUCCCGAGCCGACCGACCUCAGGGCAGAACAAUGCACGGCGUUCGACUCCAAACCGUACAUGGGCAAGCUGUACCAGUGGCGGCCGCACUACAGCAAAUCGCGGCCGUGCGCUCUCAGCUGCCAGCCGGUGGGGUACGCCUUCUACGUGACGCUGGCCCGCGCCGUGCGGGACGGCACGCGCUGCUCCCCCGACGGAGGACCGGACCGGGAGGACCACGUCUGCGCCGCCGGCAUGUGCAAGCACGUCGGCUGUGACGGUGUGGUCGGCUCGGGCCGGGUACGGGACGCCUGCGGCGAGUGCGGUGGUAACAACAGCACGUGCCAGAUCAUCUCUGGUCUGUUCACCGAGCCGUACAUGAAGGUCGGCUACCGGCAGGUGGUGCAGAUUCCGGCCGGCGCCUGCUCCGUGCGCAUCGAGGAGAUGGGCGCCACCAAAAACUACCUCGCGCUGGGCGACACGCGGGGCAAGUUCAUCAUUAACGGGAACUGGAACAUCGACCUGUCGGGCAACUACGCCGGCGCCGGAACCACCUUCAAAUACCAGCGGCAGCACCACAAGCGCAAGGUCGGCGAGAUCAUAUCGGCCAAAGGACCCACCACAGAGCCCGUCGAUAUAUUCCUAUUAUACCGCCAGGUGAACCGCGGUAUCAAGUACGAGUACGCCAUCAAGCGCAACUCGUCCCUGACGUCGGUGCUGCCGCGGCUGCUGACGGGCCCGGACGCCGGCAAGGUGGCCGCCAUGCCGGACAGCCUGGUGCCCCUGCGCCGGCCGGCCGACCCGCCGCCGGCGCACGACGCGCCCGCGCUGCCCUCUCGCGGCGGUUUCGUCUCGCCGCUGUACCAGUCCCCCGCUGCGGGCGGCACAGCGCCGUUCCGGCGGCCCGACUCGGCCGCACCGUUCCAGCGGCCGGGCGCCUCCGUUACUCCCGGCGGACACAAGAGGCGCCGACGGCGGCGGCGGCGACGCUCCCGCUUCCAGUGGGUCGUCACCGGCUUCAGCGAGUGUACCAAGACCUGCGGAGGAGGUACAAAGACGACGGAAGUGGUGUGUAUGAAGAGGAAGCGGAAGCAGCUGGCGCCGGACCGCGACUGUAAGGAGCUCAGUAGGCCGGAGCCGACCACCCUCAGCUGCAACCCGCAGCCCUGCCCGGCCAUGUGGCAGCCGGGCGCCUGGUCUGCGUGCAGCGUCUCGUGCGGCUCGGGCCAGCAGAGCCGCCCCAUGGUGUGUGUGAGGGACGGCCGGAUGGAGCCGCCGGAGCGGUGUCCGGGCGGCCAGCCGGCCGACCAGAGCCGGCCCUGUCAGCAGCCGGCCUGCGGCGCCGGCGGCCUCUGGCGCAUCGGACGAUGGUCGCCGUGUUCGGUGACGUGCGGCUGGGGUCAGCGGACCCGCGAGGUCACCUGCCACCCGGCCGAGGGCCUGUGUUCGGACGCGGACCGGCCGCGCGACACCCAGCAGUGCCGCCGGAGGAUGUGUCGCAGCGGCUCGGCUGAGGACACCGACACCGGUACUGACUCUGACGACUCGGAGUCGGAGUCGGAGUCGGAGUCGCUGACCGACUCGUGGAUGGUUAGCGAGUGGAGCGAACAGUGCUCUGUGGAGUGCGGCCAGGGCGUCCAGUGGCGCCAGGUGGUCUGCUCCGGAUCCUGUGAGAACCAGCGCCGGCCCGAGGACACCCGGCCCUGCAAGACGGACAGAGGCUGCGCGGGAGUCUGGUUCACAGGACCAUGGAGUAGGUGUUCUCACGCCUGCGGCGCGGGCGCCCAGACCCGCCCCGUGACCUGUGUGCGGCUGGACGCCGGCCGGGCCGCCGUCGUGUCCGAGUCGGCGUGCUCGGCGCCGCGGCCGGCUGAGCGGCAGCCGUGUUCUGGCGGGGCGUGCGCGGCCCGCUGGCACGGCUCCGACUGGGGGGUGUGUUCAGCGAGCUGCGGCGCCGGCCGCCAGAGCCGGGCCGUGGCCUGUCUGACGGCGGCGGGAGCGGCGGCCCAGAGCUGCCCGGCCGACGGACGGCCGCAGGACAGCCGGGCCUGCCUGCUGGCAGACUGUCCCAGGAGAGCGCUGUUCGACUGGGCCUCUCCAAACGGCACCAGCACCGCCGCCCAGCCGGCCGACUCCGGCAGCCCAGCGCCGCCCGGCGCCAGCGGCGCACACUCGUCAUUGGCCGCGCCGCCGGUAGAUGGCAGUGAUCGCGCCGGCGGCUCGCUGGAGCCGUUCCGGGCCAGUCCCACGGAGACGUAUGACGCCGUGGUCAAUACCAUAGUGAACGACCCUCCGUCAGAGAGGGAUAACUCUCUGGAGCCGACCGGGGAGCCGUGGGAGGGCGCGGCGCCCCCUCUGACCCCCGCCCCCGCCCCCGCCACAGAGGCGGCCGCCUCGGCGGCGCCGGCGGCCGUGGAGCGGCCGGCUCAGCACCGCGCCGGUCACCGCGGCCGGCCGCGGAAACACCACAAACACAGACAGAGGCCGGCCGGCGACCAGCAGCACAGUGACCAGAGCAACAGCCUCGCGGCCGACUGCGUGGACCGAUUCAACAACUGCCGGCUGGUGCAGCAGGCGCGGCUCUGCAGAUAUAAAUACUACAAGACGCACUGCUGUGAGACCUGCAGUCGCGUCUGAGCCGGGCCAACCGGCUGAGGUAUCACACAACACAGCACUGCCAUCUGGCGGCGCGCCGACACUGCCACCUAGUGAGCCAGCGGCGAACCGGCAGUGAGCGGCCGGCCCAGUAGAGGACUCUGUAUGAGAGCCAGGCCGGGCCGGUACGUGAGGCGCAGUGAUCGCCGAAGGUGGGACGCCCUGUUUCAGUCAGGGGCGGACCCCACCCACUAGUGCAGAGUCACAGGGAGAUCGACCCUGUGCAGGGUUCCAGCGAGAUGGACCCUGUCAGACGGACACAUGAGCUUCCCCGGAGGCGGCCCCAGUCCGGCGGACCCCGCGGGCGGCCUGUCCCGCCAGCAGCGUGUAUUGGCGGCAGCCGGCCUGCAGCAGCGCCGGCCGGCCGCCCGACUCAGCUUCCAGUGACGCUUUUAACACAGUACUGUAUUUAAGCGCGCGCGUCACGACUCGUGCCGGUCUAGGUCAUUGCCGUAGUGGUGAGCGCCGCGCGGCGGCCCGACGGGCGGUAGGCGGCGAGCGGGGGCGUCUGAGCCCCCCUCUGUGUGUGUCUCGGGCCGCGAGCGGGCCCCGGGACGGCUCUCGAAUGUUCGCUUCCACGCACUCAUCGUCGGUAAUAUAUAUGAUCAUCGCUGUCGAGUGGCGGGCGUGUAAACGUGA